ACUACGUUAUUCAAUGGAAAACAAAGAGGAGCAAAUAAAAACAAUGCACUUAAUGUGUCAAAAAGAAGUAGAACAAUUAUUUAGUAACUUAGGCAAAUUCUUGAUUGAUAGCGAACGAUCGCAGAAACUGCUCCUUGGUUGUCGGUCGAAUGGGUCGAAGGAUGCAAGGGACGAUGGAGCUAGUGCAUUUGCUUUAAUAGCUUUUGAUCGAUACAUGUCUCAGAUGGGCACAAUAUUAAAUAUGGCCAGAAAGCUCAAUAUACAUUUGCAACUGCAUACGUUGGGUAAUAGCAUGUUUAAUACCGCUGAAGUUUCUGGGGGAAUUAGUCAAACCCGAUUGAUUGAGGAUUUUUUUCAAUGGAGUAACAUUUGGAUGGGUCAAGAACUUGAUCGUUAUGUGGCGUGCUGCAAUAACCGUAAACUGAAAGGUUCCAACGAAACGAGCCACGAUUUGGAUAAAAUCGCGAGUACUAAGGGGAAGGCAAUUAAAGCUGCAACUCCGAAUGCCAGCAGUCCUGGAAGUACUGUUAGCACGAACCACCUCAAGCCGCUACAUAAAAUACAAUUUCAGUCGCAUAAUACUUCUCUGGAAGAUGUGUUAAGCAUAAUGCUGCCUAAAAAAAAUCUUGAUCAUUUCAAAGCCGGCCUUGAAUUUGAGGCUUCAAUAACAUACGUUCAAAAUUACAAAAAGCUGGUGUUUUAUAUUUGUGAAUUGAGCGAUUACCAGAUAUUAUUUGAGCUGAGUGGUGCUAUAGAAUUACAACCCAUUAAACGUCCUCUUGUUGCAAACAAUGUAUUUUGUAUAACGCAAAACAAGAAAGGCACUGAAGAACGAAAAGAAUGUGUAUGGCGAGCGGUAAUGGCGCCUAAUAAAAGCCCUGACCAAAGUGAUUGCGCAUUAUUGAUCGAUUUUGGUGAGAUUGUUUCCUUAAAUGAGCACACUACAUUCUAUAGCUUGCCGCCGAAGUACCAACACAUUCCGCCCAUGGCAAUUAAAUGCAUAUUGGAGGGCACUUCUGAUAUGAAUGGUUAUUUUAAUGCUCAUCAAGAGUAUUGUGAAAUGAUUUUGAGAUCCAAUGAAUUUAAAAUUGUACAAUUUCGGAUGUCAUGCCGAAUCGAUCAAGUUCUACAUUUAGUUUUCUUAGAACCAUUAGCUAAUAAAUUGGAUUCUCGGGUUUAUAGUAGUGUAACAGCAAAUCCAUUUGAUAACUUAUCUAUCGAAAAUGAGCUUGAUGACCGGGAUCCAUUGCCAUUACCGAUUUCGGUGUUGAAAUCUUUAAAUAGGGAUUACGAGGAAAGAUCGGAUCAAUUGAUGCUUAAAGGAUACAGUUUACAAAUAACAGUUACUCAUGUUAUCAGUCCGGUCAGCUUUUACGCCAUAAUCGGAGAUCCUAACGCAAUAAAACGUGACUGUCUUUCCUGGCCCGAUAAUGAAGUUCCCGCAUUACAAAAACAAAUUAUUCCACCUAAUAUAAAUGAUCUGCUGCUAUCUCAAUACAUAAAAGACGGUUAUUGGUACCGAGCCAAAGUGAUUGAUAUUGAUCAGGAAAGACAAAUGUACAAGGUUUUUUAUAUAGAUUUCGGAAACACAGAAACCGUACCGCUUUGCUGUCUAGCUAAGUGCACUGAACAGGUAAUGCAAAGCUACCCAGCGCGUGCGGUGCGUUUUCGUUUAGCAAAUUUGAUCGAUAAUACCGCCAGCGAUGAAAUGCGUCGUCGAAAGGCAACAGACACGAUUGCGGUUAUAGUUUUAAAUCAGACCGUGAACGUCGAGGUAAUCGGCCGAAAUGAUGAGGAAAUAAUUGUGCGCUUUAUCGAUAGUCAAUUUGCAGAUAUACCACAUAUCUUACUUAGUUUGGGUGUUGUCGAAGAAACUUAACUUUUGUUUCUUUUGGAACCUCUAAUGAAAUGAAAUUUUUCUUUCUUGAUUAAAUUAAAAUUAAACAAAGCUAUGUUUGAAUUUAAUAUGCAUUUCCUAUUGAAGUAGAAGAUUAAUCGCGUUUUGCUUCGUGAAUAAUUAAUUAACUUUCGUUUAAAUGCAAAAAUUGAAAGAAAGAUUAUUG